GGGAGACAGGGAAAGAGCAAAGCUGGCCCCACUAAAGCAGAUCCCUUCUUGUCUUCCCCAGCGCCGACUUGAAGUCGCAGCCGGCUGCCAGGAGAGAGGCGCGGGUAGAGAGGCAACUGCUGUGAGAACUACUGCUCUGACGCAUCAGUACCUCUCCUAGCGUCCAGACGCACUGUGGCCGCCCAGUUUCUCCCCAGCCUGCGGGGUGUGGAUAGACGUGGGAAAUGCUCGGCUCUGGGAGAUCAGAACGCUGUCUCGGCCAAGGUGAGCAGCCUUGGGCGUGUUGACAGCUUAGGCGGGCCCUCGCUGCAAGAUGCAGCCCCUCGCCUCUGCUUUCCUAGCCCCUGAGGAAUUCAGACUUGCCGUGGCUUGCAGCCCAGCCCCCUUCUCUACACCACACGAUCUCCCGCAGAUGCUCACUUGCAUGAGGUUAGAGCCAAAUUCACAGGCACUUCCCAGAAACCUCACCACUGGCCAGGGGUUGCAAACAUCUGGAAUAGCUCCGGGCACACUGGCUACCUUAAGUCCUCCUGAACGCCCCUUCUGCAUGCACCCAGUUUCCUGAGCCAAAGAUGGAUUUGCCUGUGAACUUAACCUACUUUUCCCUUUCCACCCCCUCCUCCUUGGAGACCAACCGCAGUUUCGGCGCAGAAGAUUUGCACCCCAGCCUGCCCCAUCUCUCUGUCUUCGGCGUGCUUGUUCUGACCUUGCUGGGCUCGUUGGUGGCGGCGACGUUCGCCUGGAACCUGCUGGUGCUGGCGACUAUCCUCCGUGUGCGCACCUUCCAUCGCGUACCGCACAACCUGGUGGCGUCCAUGGCCAUCUCGGACGUGCUCGUGGCCGCCCUGGUCAUGCCACUGAGCCUGGUGCAUGAGCUAUCCGGGCGCCGCUGGCAGCUGGGCCGGCGGCUAUGCCAGCUGUGGAUCGCGUGCGAUGUGCUCUGCUGCACGGCCAGCAUCUGGAAUGUGACUGCGAUCGCGCUGGACCGCUACUGGUCCAUCACCCGCCACCUGGAAUACACCCUCCGCGCCCGCAAGCGUGUUUCCAACAUAAUGAUUGCGCUCACCUGGGCUCUCUCCGCCGUCAUCUCCUUGGCCCCGCUGCUCUUCGGCUGGGGGGAGACCUACUCCGAGGGCAGUGGGGAAUGCCAGGUGAGCCGCGAGCCGUCCUACACCGUGUUCUCUACGGUGGGCGCCUUCUAUCUGCCGCUCUGCGUGGUGCUCUUCGUGUACUGGAAGAUCUACAAAGCCGCCAAGCUCCGGGUGGGCUCCAGGAAGACCAACAGCGUCUCGCCCAUGUCUGAAGCCGUGGAGGUGAAGGACUCUGCUCAGCAGCCCCAGAUGGUGUUCACUGUCCGCCACGCCACUGUCACCUUCCAGACAGAAGGGGACACCUGGAGGGAACAGAAAGAGCAGAAAGCUGCUCUGAUGGUGGGCAUCCUCAUUGGGGUGUUUGUACUCUGCUGGAUCCCCUUCUUCCUCACUGAGCUCAUCAGUCCCCUCUGCUCCUGUGACAUCCCUGCCAUCUGGAAAAGCAUUUUCCUUUGGCUUGGCUACUCCAACUCCUUUUUUAACCCCCUGAUCUAUACAGCUUUCAACAAGAACUAUAACAGCGCCUUCAAGAACUUCUUUUCUAAGCAACACUGAGUAAAAGGCCCUGGGAUAAAAAGGAGUUAUUCCCAUAAACCAAUAAAAUCUCCAAUUCCAUCUACUUUCUGUUCCCGACCCAGCUGCCAUGUGGAAGAGACUAAUCCUUAAAGCUCUCUGGAAGUCUUUCUCAGAACUAACCAAGCCUCACUUUUCCAUUCCAAUGAAGGAAUAUGAGUCCUCAUAGGCAGAUUCGGGGACCUAAUUUAUCUGAUUUGUUGACUAUCCCUCACUUUGCACCUAACAGCCAUGGACUUUGCCUUACAAAGUGCCCUUUCCUUCCCAACAUCCACCCCAGCACAGUUAUUGUCAUUGUUCUAAUGAAGUCAAACAAGGCAGAUAGGAGGGAAGGGAUGAGACAACAAGGGAAGGUUGAGAAUAGAUAGGGGAGAAUGGAGAAUGAAUAAGAAGGCAUAAUGUGAACAUCUAGGGGGUUUAGACCAUCUAGACCAUCUCCCCAAGCUUUCUGAAAUAGUCCCAGUUUCAAGUAUUCUGCUCUAUUAUCAUAGUAAGUAAACUCUAAUAUUUAUUGAAUAUGUCCCAAUAUUUGGCCACAAAACAUUGUCUCCAUCAUAUUAAAGUACAUAGCCCCAUCUGCAAGCCCAGUGAAUUUCAGCUUUAGUUUUGCUUGUGGCAACUAUAAACACACACACACACACACACACACACACACACAACUAGAGAGACGGUCAAUGUUCCAGUUGGCUAGUUCACUUGUAAAAUGCCUUACUCCAUCAACUUGGAACAGGUAUUAAAAGUAAAGUCAAAUAUUUCCUUCCACUUUGAAGCAAGUUUUCACAAACAGUAGAAAAAUCUAUUUGUUUCAUAGAAUCCAUCAAACUUGUUUAUUUGCUGUGUGUUUCACUCAUUUGGAAUAUAUUCAGAUAUUGUUGGGCAAAGCCCUUACUGUGAAUCAUGAUGUUAGAGUGAAACAACUGUCCUGAAAUUGUUUACUUCUUAAAUAUAGUUUCAUAACCAAUGACUGUGAAGGCACAUUGACCAAACACAUACACUUUAAGAAGAUGGUUAAUUAAUUUGCUAUUUGCAUUUUCUGUUGCUAUGUGAAUACCUGUGAUGAGGCCAAGACUGCUAAGUAAUAAGGAAGAUAGAAAAAUUGUGAGAUGUAGUCUCAGUCACUACAAAUUGGCAGCAUAAUUGGUGAUACAAGACUAUUAAUUGAAGAUGCAGAAUUUAUAUGAUCACGUAAAAUGUGGGCCAUAAUACAAAACUUUAAAAGGAUCUGAAGCGAGAAAACUGCCUGUGGUCUGUUAUGUCCCUGAUUCUUUGAAUGUAUGAAUUCAAAAGUUAGGUUUUGAAUGCAUGAACUCAAACAUUAUGCAUUAUAAUAAUUUUGGAUAAUUAUAAUACAUAUGUUAAUAUGUAUUGCAUUAUAUAUAAUAAAUGACAUCAACUAAAAUGUCAAAAAUCAGAAAUUUGUGUUUGUUUGUGGUUUUGAAGUUUAGUCUUACAUUUACUGCACAUAUUGUCUUAGUUCAAGGAAUGUGAACAGCUAAAGAAAUGUUAGACACCUUGUGAAGAAUGAUAUGCUAAAUGCAGACCACCUGUCUGGGCAUAGUAGCAGACUCAUUGAAGAAUUUACUUGGAAACAUCCUCAAACUUUUCUUGUUUCUAUAUAUUUCAAAGAUCUAAAACCACAGAUAUUUAAAAAUCCAGACUAUUCACUAACUCAAAUUAUCUUUCUCCACUAUUAUUCAGAACCCGAGGCAUCAACAAAUGCUACUGUGUUAGUGUUACAAAAAUGGUAAUGCUUCAAAAAACUUCAUUAAGUACUCCAUAGCAGAGAAAGGGAAAUAGACAUGGGGAAUCUAGAGAUAUGGCAUCAGAACCAAGGAAAAAAUUUUAAAAGUCUAUUUUAUCUGAAAAAUAGAUACGAAUUUUUCCAAGCUACUCAAUAAUUUCAAUGUUUGUCUUACUGGCUUUUUUUUUUUUAAAGGUUUAUUGUCCUCAAACUUUCCAAUGAAAUGAAAUUUUAGGAAGAUGUGCUAUAUUUGUCUGGUGGCUUCAAAUAGUCCAACCCCCUCAAGAUUAUGCCCACCCUUGUUCAAAAAAAGAGGUUAUUGCAAUAUUAAUUUAAAUCUCUGCUGGGGUUGUUACCAACAUUUUUCAUAAGAUGAAUAUGUGUCAUUAUUAUUAUCAAUAAAUAUGUAUUUAGCACCUCCCAGAUAUCAUUUAAAUUAUACAUUAAAUAAAACAUAUUCUACAUAUGCUACCUAGAGCAAGAACUACUCUGCUAACAAGAAGUGGCAAUUAAUGAAUUAUUUUGCUUUCAUUUCAAUACCAAAAGUUGUUUAUGCCUAGGAAAGAAAUAUUACAAGAUGGAGACGUUGAUUGAGCUUGGGUCUCUAGUGUGCAAUUCAAAUAUCUGUGAAA